GGGGGGGGUCACCCCCCCCUAGCUGGAGUUCCUAAGCAUGCACUUGCCCCUGUCCAGAGCUAUUCCUAAACAUGCACUUGCCCCUGUCCAGAGCCUUUUCCGCGUCCUCCUUUCACCCAAAAUCCUGCUCCGUAUUAAUGUCCAAUCCCACCCGCAAAGCUCGCCUGAGGGGCGUUGUGUUCGACAUGGACGGCACCCUCACCGUCCCCGUCAUCGACUUCGCCGCCAUGUACAGGGCCGUCCUCGGCGACCCGGAAUACCUCAGGGUCAGAGCUGAGAACCCCUCCGGCAUCGACAUCCUCCACCACAUUGAGAGCUGGGACCCAGACAGGCAGAAAAAGGCCAACGAGAUAAUCGCCGAGUACGAGCGGCGCGGCCUUGACCGCCUCCAGAUCAUGCCCGGUACACCAGAACUUUGUACUUUUCUUGACUCAAAGAAGCUAAGGAGAGGAUUAAUUACACGCAAUGUCAAGUCAGCGGUUGAUUUGUUUCAUCAACGUUUUGGAAUUUUAUUUUCUCCAGCACUGAGCAGAGAAUUUCGUCCCUAUAAACCGGACCCAGCUCCACUUCUACAUAUAUGUUCGAGUUGGGAUGUCCAACCCAAUGAAGUUAUGAUGGUUGGGGAUAGCCUUAAAGAUGAUGUUGCCUGUGGUAAAAGAGCUGGAGCAUUCACUUGCUUACUCGAUCAAACUGGGAGAUACGAUGCUCCACAGUUUGACAGUGUAGACUUCAAGCCAGAUUUCAAGGUGUCUUCCCUCGCUGACAUUGUUCCACUAUUGGAUGCACAUUUUGAUCUUGUGCCGUGAUCCUUGUCCCCUUCAUCAUGAUCAAUGGUAAAGUCAACUCUAGGAGAUUCAUUAUCUUGUCUAUUACUGUCAGAGUAGUAAAUAAUUGGGGAACCUCUCUGAACAAAGAUACCCAGCUGAGUCCUUAUGGUCUCAUGAACUGGAUUUGGAGGGAUUAUGUAAUUCCAGUUGACAGAGGAAAUGUCAAGCAGUGCAAAGAAGGCAAAAACAAGGGAAGCCGACUAUGCAAAGACUUGCGUGUUUGAGUUCGAGCAUGAUUUUACUCUACUCUUGAUUCUUGAUGAUAUACGGGUUGUCAUGCAGAAUCAUGCAUGCAAAAUUCUCUUUGCUGUUUUACUAAUGGAUUACAAUUUCGAA